AUAGAUUAUCAAUUUAUUAUCAUUUGCAUUUUUAAUAUAUACUAUAAUACAAAAAUUCAUACAGCAUGUACUUGUACUUUUUAGGUUAUAUUGAAACAUUUGCUGUUACAUUAUUGUAUGUGCUCUGGAACUGUUCAGUUAUUUCGAGACACUUCUGUCAGAGGACGAGGAAUGUCGGCAAUACUUUCGACAAUUUCGCAGCUUGUGCACGAUCCUUAUUUUAGUGCCGAUGGAGGGUAUUAUCGGCGACAGUGCCAAAAGUAUACAAAGUAUUGUCGACCGCGACACGAACGUUGCGCGGAAGUACGGAUACGCGGGAGGUCUUCGAUGGAAUGCGAUCAGUGCCGCGGAGAUAUUCGAGCCUGUGCUCGCUUACUGGGAAAAGCGCGUGGACACCGACAAGAGCAUGCUCGAGCAUUUGCUUAACACUGGCGUCUUGCUGGAACUAAUGAAUUUGUUCGUACACAUGAACAGAGAUGAAUUUUACUCCACGCACGUGUCGGUCAAGUGCAAGUCGUGCCUGGGCAAACUCUGUACAGUUAAGAGGGACUGUACAACGCCGCGCCGUAGUGAUGAAAUGCAGAUUCGUCAGUCUAGUAUGUAAGUUUCCCGUUAAAACUCUGCCGGCGAAAGCGUGCGCUGUUACUAGGAAAAUUAUGAAGCGGAAUGUCGAGUGGGUCAUUUGUGAAAUGAAGGAAUCCGAAUUUGCAUCUCUCGACUCGACGGAGUCGAACCGAGCCCUACAGAUUC